AAACAUUCACAGGUCAGGGUGUCUAUCUUGCUGAGUAAAUAUUAGAUUUUUUGGGUCGUGUUUUUUUGUUGCUAGAUUUGGGUUAGCCAGAUAACUUUAUGUUCGAGACUUUAGUUUAUUAAUUAAUGGUUAUGGUUUUUUGUAGCUAAUACCUGCAUUAUUUUAGUCCGUAAGCUAUAUAGAUAUCUGUGAUAUUUAUAUUUAUUUGCUGUGAUGGAUAACAGAAAUAAUUUCAAGAAUCCUUUUGGUCGUCCAAGUAUGAUAGUGUCUGGAGCAGCUUUGACCACCACAAGUUUGUUUCCAUCGAAAAAGACAUUAAAAGGAGUAUUAGCCGGUGGUAUCACAGGAGGAAUUGAAAUUUGCAUUACAUUUCCUACUGAAUAUGUUAAAACCCAACUGCAACUAGAUGAGCGAUCUGCAAAGCCAAGAUACACAGGCAUAUUAGAUGUAGUGAAGCAAACUGUAAAAUAUCAUGGAGUUAAGGGGCUUUACAGAGGCCUCAGUGUCCUGAUAUAUGGUUCUGUUCCAAAAUCUGCUGUCAGGUUUGGUACUUUUGAGUCCCUCAAGAAAAAAAGUGUUGAUGAAAAAGGGAAUUUGCCUCCUGUUAAGCGCUUGCUUUGUGGUUUAGGGGCAGGAGUCGCAGAAGCAAUAUUUGCUGUAACUCCUAUGGAGACUGUGAAAGUGAAAUUCAUCAAUGAUCAGCAGUCACCAAAUCCCAAGUUUCGAGGGUUUUUCCAUGGUGUUCGUGAAAUUGUAAAACAACAAGGUCUUAGAGGUGUUUAUCAAGGUGGAACUGCAACAAUAAUGAAACAAGGAAGUAAUCAAGCAAUUCGAUUUUUUGUUAUGGAAUCGCUCAAAGAUUGGUAUCGUGGUGGAGAUCCAAAUAAAAGUGUCAACAAGAUAGUAGUAGGAUUGUUUGGUGCUGUUGCAGGUGCAGCUUCUGUUUUUGGAAAUACACCAAUUGAUGUAGUUAAAACAAGAAUGCAGGGCUUAGAAGCACACAAGUAUAAAAAUACAUUUCAUUGUAUUUAUGAAAUUGCUAAGAAUGAAGGUUUCUUUGCGUUCUACAAGGGUACUGUGCCAAGGCUUAGUAGAGUUUGUCUUGAUGUAGCAAUUACGUUCAUGAUUUAUGAUUCUUUUAUGGAUUUAUUUAAUAAAGUGUGGAAAACUGAUUAAAUGUAUUUCUCAUAUUUUGUUAUGUUUGUAUAGUUUAUUUGUUAGUUUUGUAUAUAUUUGGGAAGUAAUCAUAAUCAAAUGCAACAGUCUAAAUGAUGUACAUGUUAGUACCUAUUCAAAAUGCACAUAAAUGGUAUCAUUUUUUAUAGUAUAAAUGUUUUCUAGUUUAUAAUUUGGUAAAAAGAUAAGAUGUGAAUUUUGUAUUACUGUUUGUAACUCCAGAUUUUAAGAUGUAUUUUAUGUACUGAAUAAAAUCAGUUAUUAUAUA